CUCGUUCUCCUACAAUAUGUUAUUGAAGUUAACUCUGCUACUUGUGCAUGUGCAACGUUACAGGUACACGUACGAUCUGGGGCUGGUACGAAAUAUCCAAUCCUAGGAAGUUUAGCUCAAUCAAAAUGUUUGACGUAUGAAGGGAAUCAAGUAACAGCUAAUGGUUACAAGUGGGCACAUGUUACUUAUAAUGGAAAGACAGGCUAUGUAGCAACUAACUGGCUUCAUUUUAAAACAUGCUCAGUCACUACUCAAUGCGCGUGUACUACAACUAGUCUCCAUGUUAGAAGCGGAAGUAGUACGAGUCAUUCAAUAAUCGGUACAUUACAACCAGGACAUUGUGCCCCCUUCCUUGGUGAUAAAGUUACUAAUGGUGGAUUAGAAUGGGCCCAUUUGGAUUUUGAUCACACGAAUGGCUGGGCAGCUGCAAAAUAUUUAACAUUUAAAAAUGGUUGUUCUUCUUCUACCAAUACUG